UGUUAAAUAACAUUUUCAGUUCAACAAAAUCUAGGCAACCACAGGAAAGUUGUGUAAAAAAACGUGUAUUUAUUUCUAUUAAGUACACGUACACAACAUGUCAGACAACGAUGGCCUUUUGCCGGCAGCUGCAGCAGCACCGGCCGUUGGUGAUGAGGGUCAGCAGCAGCAGCAGAACCAGCCGACGCGCAUGGAGUCUUUUUUUGCAAUGACAAAGUCGUUGAUUCUGCGGGCCUUAAUUAUUUACUUCGUCAGUUCUUUCUUCAGGCGGCCCCAGCCGAAUGCGACGCAAGACCAAGCCGUUGCCAAUGCGGGCCCGAAAAUAACAGCUUGGAACUAUUUUGAGAAUGGCACAGAUUUCGAUUUGCACAUUUGGCUAUCGGAGCAACCGGAUGUGGUGAACUUCCAGCAGAAGAACAAUCUUCUGUGGCUGCAAGAAGACCUCACCUACGGGGACUGGGUUUCGGGUCCCACAGGCAAUGGCAUCUACACACACAAUGUCAAAAUCAAGGCCAGUCCGCAUCUGCUAAACAAUGGCAGCGUCUACUUGCACGCCUUCGUCACACGUGCAGGUGAAAGUCCAGAUCCUCAGUCCCCCAAAUACUCAAAGCACGGCCACAUGGGCCAUCAACAGCAUCAGCUGAACAAGUUUAAGAAGCUGCGGGUGAAUCGAAACUACAAUUUGCUUGCCAGCGAAAAGGAGAAGUUGGAGCACGAGCUGAAGCAUGCCAACCUCAAAGAUCAGAUCGUGUCACACUGGCACUCCAACCUGACCAUCAACUUGGUCGUGGAUCAGACGAACUGGGCACAAGGCAGCGUGCCCGCGCCGCUCGAUGAGUAUGUGAAAUUUGUGGAUGGGGGAAAGACGUAUCUGCCGAUUGUCUUUGUCAACGACUACUGGAACCUGCAGCGCGAUUACUUUCCGAUUAACGAGUCCACGCCAGAGCUGGAUCUGCACUUGACCUUCCAGCCGCUGGGAAUGUUCAAGUGGCAGCUGUAUGCCGCUAAGCAGAUGAAGAGCAAGUGGGCCGGCAACGUGCUGGGCGAGAUAAUGGCAGCCAGUGCUCCGGAGGAGACAGACGAGGACCAGGACUCGCUGAAGGAAACUCUGCUGGACACCAACAUCUACCUGUUAGGCAUCACCGUGGCAGUCUCCAUCCUGCACUCGGUGUUCGAGCUGCUCGCUUUCAAGAACGACAUCCAGUUCUGGAACAAUCGGCAGUCGCUGGAGGGUCUCUCUGUGCGGUCGGUGUUUUUCGGUGUGUUCCAGUCCCUGAUCAUUCUGCUGUAUGUGCUGGACAACGAGACCAACUUCAUGAUACGGAUCUCCUGCUUCGUAGGUCUCGGCAUUGAGGUGUGGAAAAUACACAAGGUCGUCGACGUCAACUACAACAACCAGCAGAAGGUACUGGGCAUAUUCCCACGCAUCAGCUUCAAGGACAAGGGCUCGUACUCGGAGAGCUCGACCAAGGAGUACGACAAACUGGCGUUCAAGUACCUGGGCUGGGCCUGCUUCCCCCUGCUGGUGGGCUACUUCAUCUACUCCCUGCUGUACAACGAGCACAAGGGCUGGUAUUCGUUCGUGCUCAACAUGCUGUACAGCUAUCUGCUGACCUUUGGAUUCAUCCUGAUGACGCCCCAGCUGUUCAUCAACUACAAGCUAAAGUCGGUCGCCCACUUGCCGUGGCGCAUGAUGACAUACAAAUUCCUCAACACUUUCAUCGAUGACAUUUUCGCCUUCGUCAUCAAGAUGCCCACCAUGUACCGCAUCGGCUGCUUCCGGGACGACAUCAUCUUCUUCGUUUUCCUCUACCAGCGCUGGCAGUAUCGUGUGGACCUAAAGCGUGUAAACGAGUUCGGAUUCUCCGGCGAGAUGGAGGAGCAGGCUGCCAACAAGCGGCUUGAAGGAGAGGCAAACGCCAAUCGGCCAGCUGGUGCCAUAGAGGCAUCCCAGGGCGCGGAAGCCACCAAAGCAGCGGCGAAUACGACGCCCACCAAAAAGACAGCCGCACAAAAGAAACAGGACUAAAAAGCCACUGGCAGUGCGUCCAACACGAGAGAUAUGCAUUAGAACAAUUUUAACGGCAGUUAUAUACACAUAUAUUACUUGUCUGUGUGCGUGCGCUAUGCACGCACCAUUAUAAGCAAAAAUUCAGUUUCAGUAUACAUAUAGUCAAGCGGUCGGUCGACCGUCGUAGUUACGAACAUAUUCUAGCGGUAAUUUAAUAUAUGUGUCUUUUAUUUGUUUCCUGGACCAGCAGCCGUGGUCCUUAGCAUCGGCUACUGAAAUAAAUUCAGUGUGAG